UUUACAUGGUCCUCAAAAAUGGCUGAUUUGAGUUUAGUUUUUCUUACAACUUUGGCCUGCAUUGUGCUGCCAACCCUUUCAACUCCUGAAGCCAGAGCUUUCAACUCCUCGUCCAUCAGAGAAUUGCUAAUCUCAUCUCAUCAUGAAAGCCUUCAAAUUGUGGAUGACGCCCUACACCGCUCUAGACAAAGACGGAGCAUUUCUUCAUUUUCCAAGCAUGGGUUUACAUUCCGGUUGCAAGCUGAGCCUGAGACCCGGGAGAUUUCCCGAGCUGGAGAGGUUUUUCACACAGCCCUGUAUGUCCUCAAGAACAAAGCAGAACAGAAAUAUAAAAGGAAAGUCGCAGCAUCAGAGCUGUUGUCAUGGGAGGAGGUGGAGCUGCUUGCAGAGCUGUCACAGUGCCCCACUGCAACGCACCGGGACACCUGCGAGCAGAGUCAUCGCAGCAAAUACCGCACCGUUUCAGGAGUCUGCAACAACAGACAAAAUCCUCUCUGGGGAGCAGCCAACACUGCCUUGGUCAGAUGGCUUCCAGCUGAAUAUGAGGAUGGGGAGGGAGAACCCAAGGGUUGGAACCGAGAACGGCUCCAUAAUGGAUUCCAACUACCCCUGCCUCGGAGGGUCAGCGAGGAAAUAAUAAGGAGCUCCUGUAAAUGGAGAGAGGACGACUACUCUCAGCUGCUGGUGGACUGGGGUCAGUACAUCGACCAUGACAUAACCUUUACCCCUCAAAGCGCCAGCAGCGCUGCUUUUUGGACAGAUGUGGACUGUCACCAGACGUGUGAAAAUGUGCACCCCUGCUUCCCCAUCAAGACUGAUGAUUCUCUCUGCAUGCCUUUUCAUCGCUCCAGCCCAGACUGCGGCAUCAGUUUUGACUCUGAUGUACGACAAGCCCUACAACGACAACAGCUGAACGCCAUCACAUCGUACAUGGACGCGUCGCUCGUGUAUGGGCACACGCCACAACUACAGAGCUUCCUUCGCGACCUCCCAGGCCUCAAUGGAAAACUUGCCGUCAACACCAGAUUCAAAGAUCCACGCGGAAGAGCUUACCUUCCUUUUGUAGCCAAGACGCCGUCAGCGUGCCGCACUGAUCAGCAAGGCGAGGGGGUGGAGUGUUUCAGUGCCGGAGACAGUCGGGUCAACGAGGGUCUGCCACUGAUCGCUUUGCAUACGCUGUGGCUCAGGGAACACAAUCGAAUUGCCGAAGCACUGAAGCACAUCAAUGAGCACUGGAACCCUGAGACUGUAUACCAAGAAACCCGCAAGAUCGUUGGGGCUCUGCACCAGAUCAUAACCAUGAGAGAUUAUGUCCCAAAAAUUAUUGGGCCAGAGUCCUUCAAGCGUUACAUUGGCUCCUACAAGGGAUACGAUCCGGCUGUGGACGCCUCGGCCUCCAAUGUGUUUGCCACGGCCGCGUUCAGGUUCGGCCAUGCUGCCAUCCCGCCAAUCCUCAGCAGACUUAACCAGAGCUUCCAGGAGCAUGAAUACUUCCCCCACUUGAGACUUCACAAAUCUUUUUUCAGUCCCUGGAGAAUAGUCAAAGAAGGUGGGAUUGAACCAACACUGAGAGGUAUGAUUGGAACUGCAGCACCAGCUGUAAGGGCAGACACACUCCUGGUAGAGGAGGUCACAGAGAGGCUGGUCGUCCUCGAUACACCUCAGCACAUGGACCUGGCUGCCCUGAACCUGCAGAGAGGACGUGACCACGGACUGCCAGGAUACAACAAAUGGCGGGAAUUCUGUGGACUACCGCACAUUGAAACACUGGAUGAUCUGACAGAGGUCGUGAGAGAAGGAAGGGUUGCUGAGAUGAUACAGAAUUUGUACAAGCAUCCCAACAAUAUUGAUGUGUGGCUCGGAGGGCUUGUUGAAACAUUCUUGCCUGGCUCAAGAACUGGACCGCUCUUCGCUUGUCUGAUUGGGAAGCAAAUGAGAGCGCUCCGUGAUGGUGACAGGUUUUGGUGGGAAGCUGAGGGUAUUUUCACGCAACAACAGAGAGAUGAACUUCUAAAAAGUUCUCUGUCUCGUGUCAUCUGUGACAACAGCGAUAUACAUGAAGUCCCUGCUGACUCCUUCAGAUUUGGGAAAUAUCCUGCUGGUUUUGUCAACUGUAAUAAUAUCCCAUCAAUGAAGCUUGAAGCUUGGAGAGAAGAGAAAAGCCAUGAUCUAAAAGGGUGUGGCUCUCCAAGACAGAUAAAGGAUGGGGAUUAUACACUGACCGCUAAAUCUGGAAAACUGAUUGCUCUGUACUCCUGUUACCAUGGUUUCAAAUUAGAGGGUGCUGUUGAAAUAGCCUGCGAGGGAAAUCAGUGGUCUGGUGAGCCCCCUCACUGCACAGGUAAGAUAUCUGAAGCUGUGGACACACUGGUUGGGGAGCUGUCCUGUAAAAGCGGCAAAAAUGCGAAGGACCUCAUCUGUGCUGCUGUGAAUAGAUCACAACUCCAGCAAGCACUGGCAAUUGACAAUUCAUCUUCAGUCUUGUGCAAUUUCACCAUCACUCAACAUGCCUGUUCCUUGGCCACAAAUCUCACACAAAAUAAGUUGGCCACAUUAUUGAAAUGCUCACUGGAAAGCCAAACGACAUACCCAGUUGAGGUCUGGAAGCUUUUCUUCCAAAGAACUUCUCCUGCUCUGGACCGGGCCCUUGAGACAUUCACCACCACGGCCCCCAACAACAGCAGCCCAGCUUUGUCAAAUGCUCUCGAGGCUCUAGGAGAGGUGAAACUUGCCAACUUCAGCCAGGCACAACUACAGAAUGAGGAUUUCAUCAGCAAUUGGUUCCAGAAAACGAUCCGGCCCUUCCUAUCGUCUCCAUCCACAAACUUCCUAUUCUGUCUUAGCACCAAAAACUUCAGUUGCCUCACGUACCAGAUUGUCGUCAAGGAAUUCAGCAAUCAAAGGCCAUUCAUGGACAGCAACAGACAGCAAACAGUCUUCACUCAUCUCAUCCAACCAUUCCUCUCAAGAAAUGAUUCAUCAGCUCUUGCAAUAUGA